GUUCACUAGCAACUCCAGCAUCCCCUUAAAGUCCCUUAUCACACCACGUACCGAGAAUUGGGGUCGGACACGUUGAACAACGAAAUUUAACGCAGCACUAUUGAUAGAAGCUAAGGAGUUCCUUGAAAUUCGUCAAUGCUCCGUAAAAUGUGAGGAAAUACUUCAAAGAUCCUAUAUAGAAAAUUUUGAUAUAGGGAAUCCUCGAUUAGUUAGUUACAUAUUCAUUAUCGGAUGCAUGCGGUGACUCGCGCGAUGACCAAUCAACUUAGGGAGAAACAUCACGUAGAUUCAUCGUUACCGUAUCAUAAUCGGUAAUUGACGUAAUUUCCGUAAAUCACCGUUCCAGAAUGAGUCAACCGUCGACGUAGCGUCAGGACAAUUACGUAAGAAGUGGAAAAUGACCCAUGGCAAAUCUAUCCCUUAUUUAUUCCCAAAAUCCGACAUUGGGAGCCGAUGAGAGUGCGAUAACACACUUGCGUCGACGUGUCGCACGAUCGAAGAUCAAUUAAUGGAAAAAAAAUAUCUUUAAUAUCUAAAAUAUUUCUCUCUCUCUCUCUCACAUGCGAAAAACUUAGAAAUCCACGAUCAAGACGCGAUUAAUCUCCGCGAUCUCGCGCACCCGUGAGGAACGCUCACGGGAGAAAGCGUGACAGCGGCCACGUCCGCCAGUGGAGCAGCACGAGGAAACGAGUCGGUGGGAAUGCCUAGGGACCCGUGCGCAUACCGGACGUGCUGGCGUCGCCAGUACGCAUGGCAGAUGGAGGAGACAUGACGCCAUGUUCGCCAUGUUUUGAUGUCGUCAUCCCCCCCCUCCCUCCCGCGAAUGCUGUUUCGCCGUGCAGCACACACAAUAGCCCGUGUUUUUUAACGAGUGUUUCCCCGUGGACGCGCGUCGCGGGUUCCUGGUGGUUCCCUGGUGGCUCGACUCAUCGCGGGAUUUCCCAGCACCCUCCCCGUAGCCCGCCAGUCGCAUGCACAUCGCGCGAGGCUGGGUAAACCCUCGUCCUCGUAGAAGGUUCGCUGAACAUGGGCGCUCGGACGUUCUCAUGUCCGAGGAAGUAGCCGUGGUACGGGGAGGGGUUCACGUGCGACGUCUACAACGUGGUGACCGUAGUACCCUAGUGCGAAACGGCGAAUUCGACCGACUCGUCGUCGCCACGGCCACUUAAAGAGUUAGCACUGCCUCACCGUCGCUUGUCUCGUUCGACUGCAUCGCUCGGCGUCGAGUCAAGUGGUUACAUCACGCCACCCGGAGGGGGCGGAUCUAACGGAUCCCUCGGAUCCGAGCGACACAGAUAGAGCAUCCCCGCGUGCGUGCGUGCGUGCGUACGUGCGUACGUUGUGCGUGCGUGCGUGCGUGCGCGCGUACGUACGUCUUUCCCUUUCUUCGUUUCGAGUAUACGGCGAGGAACGGGAGAACGAGGAACACGUCGUUAAAAUGGAGCUGCGUUUGCACUCACCAGCGGGAGCGGAACCGAUAGUGUACCAGUGGCCUCUCACGUCCGGAUCCGGAUCUGCACCGAGUUGUGCUCAUGUUAAACGUCAUGUUUCGCAGGACCGUCACGAUGGAGCACUGGACGUUAUCGAGACAAUGCGAUGGGUCUGCGAAGAUCUGCCAGAUCUAAAAUUACCCUUGGAGAACAAUAUUCUUUGUAACUAUGAUCCGAGAGAUUACGAAAGUAUGAAAAGCCUGUGUGACAGAUUCAACAGAGCUAUCGAUAGCUUAGUGCAAUUGGAGAAAGGCACUAGUUUACCAUCGCAGAGAUUAAAUAAGAGACCUAGUAGAGGUUUACUUCGUCAUAUACUCCAACAAACUUAUAAUCAAGCAGUGGUCGAACCAGACAAGUUAAAUCAAUACGAGCCAUUUUCACCGGAGGUUUAUGGCGAAACGAGUUACGAGCUUGUAUGUCAGAUGAUCGACCAAAUCGAUGUGACGGAUGACGAUGUUUUUGUUGAUCUAGGCUCAGGAGUUGGUCAAGUGGUGCUUCAGAUGGCAGCUGCAACUUUAUGUAAGAUUUGCAUUGGCGUUGAGAGAGCUGAUGUGCCAUCAGCAUAUGCACAGAGUAUGGAAGUGAACUUUCGAAAGUGGCUGAACUGGUAUGGGAAACGAUGUGGGAACUACCGUCUGGUAAAGGGUGACUUCUUAGCAGACGAACAUCGCGAAAGUAUCACUGGAGCUACGAUAGUAUUCGUGAAUAAUUUUGCAUUUGGUCCGACAGUGGAUCAUCAAUUAAAGGAACGCUUCGCCGAUUUACGGGACGGCGCGCGUAUAGUAUCGUCGAAAUCAUUCUGCCCGUUGAACUUUCGAAUAACCGACAGGAACCUGAGUGAUAUCGGCACGAUAAUGCAUGUCUCAGAGAUGUCGCCGUUAAAAGGUUCUGUCUCUUGGACUGGUAAGCCGGUCUCGUAUUAUUUGCACGUAAUCGAUCGAACUAAAUUAGAACGUUAUUUCCACCGCUUAAAAAACAAUAAACAAGGUGGCUUAGAUGAAAACUCUGAUUCUGUGAUAAACAACACUGCCAGCAAUAGUAGUAAGGUUUCUAAUAGGAACGAAAGAGGUGACAGAGCCAAGAGAGACCUUUCGAGACAAUUAGAUAGCCCGAGUCAUUCGGAACAGCAAGGAACGAAUAGCGAGUCUGACCUGGACGACAGCGCUAUUAAGAAUCGCCGACAGACAAACAAGAUGCGAAGGAAAUUCACGAGAAAAGCCACGAACGGCAUCACGAGAGCGCCAGCUAGAGGUAGACAGAGGGGACGAGGCGUUAAAAGAGCCAGACCGAAAAAGGCGAUCAAUAUAUCGGGAUUGGAUCUGUUACACAGUCAGACUUUGCUCAGCACAUCACCUCAAGCUCUUGGGAAAAAGCCACCGCCUGCUCCUGGUUGUGUAGAUCAACAGCUGUCUUCAUUAUCGCUUUCUUUACAGUCUCAUUCCACCUCGGUACACGAGGAACUCAGUAUACCACCCGCUCCGUCCGCGACUCCUUACGCCCUACAGAUACUUCUGGACUUGUACAGGGACCAAUUCAUGCUUAUGCUAGAAUCGAUGAGAACGCCCACUUACAAGGUAUCCGUUAACACGGAUAUCGCGAAAGAAAGAGAAAGAAACUCCAGGCUGCAAUCAAGAGCGGCGCAGUUGGAGAAGCAAAUCAAAGUUCUGAUAGACGACAGCGUAGCUCUCUUAAAGGCGAGAAUGACUGAGUUAGGUAUCAAUGCCACGUCACCUGGGGAUCUGCUAGCGAAAGCCAAGGAGAUAGUUUUAAGACAUAAACAGCUACAAGCUAAAGCGAGUAAAUUACAAGCGCAAGUCGCGUCGAUGGAAUCGGAACAAAGCAGACUAGUGGCGCUUAGACAUCAAGAGUUGCAGGACAAAUAUAAUGGCCACGCGGGUGCGAAUGGCAUACCAAGCCCACCCCAAUCGCUCACUCAAGAUUAUAUAUUGAAAGAAAUUUCCGCUACCCUGUCUCAGCGUAAACGAUUACACUCUCAAUUAGCUGCACUCGUUUUGCAACAGGUUUCGAAACUCGAGCACGAACUUAACGUACUGGAAAGGACAAGCAAUGAGAAGCAAGCAAUUGCUAUCGCUCAGCAGCAGAGGGACGCGAUCGGAAGUAAACAUUCGCAGAAUCCGCAGAGUGGGAAAACGGCAACGACGCGAAAGAGCAGGGAAAGUCGCUCGAAGGAAUGGCCGGACGUUCCCGAUAUCGGAAAGAUACAGGAGAAUAAUCCAGAAAUAUUAGCGCAGAAGAUCCUGGAAACGGGACGGCAAAUUGAGGCGGGUCGCAAACAACCGACAAACAGGCAGAGUACGAGCGGCAACAGUAGUAGUUCCAGAACCAGAUUACCGCAGGCCUCCCUCAGUUUCUCCGGUACAUCAGCCUCGAUUUCGUCCACGCAGCCAAUACAAGCAGCCAAUAAAGAUGUACCGAGUAGAACCACCAGCAUGCAGGAACCACCCAGAGUCGCGAAUUUCGAGGAUCGCCUGAAGAGCAUUAUCACGAGCGUGCUGAACGAGGACCAACAAAAUAGAAAUAAGCAACAGCAGUUGCAGCAACCGCAGGUACAGUUGCAAACGCCAGUCACAGCUCCGUCAGCGGAGUCCGAGAGAAAACGCUCUUUGCAGAAUGUUCCCACUCCUGAUUACACUCAGGUCUCACCCGCGAAGCUAGCUCUCCGCCGUCAUCUCUCGCAGGAACGUAUCUCGUCGUCUCACCUGGACAGACCUGGACAGACCGAGUCUAGACAAUCGUCGAGUCACGACAAUCGUCUUGUGGCAGGCGGAAGCGGAUUACUCGGCACUAGGACCAUCGGCGAUCUCGUCAGUGGGGAAAUAGAGAGGACUCUGGAGAUAUCGAAUCAGUCUAUAAUAAACGUCGACAUGAGCGCGAUCAUGAGACCCGAGACUGUCUACUCUCCCAUCAGCAGGCCGGCCAGUGCCGAGGGAGACGCCGGUUUAUCAACGUUGGCGCAUGUAGCUAGUUACGUGCCCACCUCUUCGGGAGCUUCUACCUCCACACCCACGACCAACUCGAGAUCGUCCGUGCUCUUUACUCCAGUAACGCAAUCGCAAAGAUACACCCCGGUUCAGUUGCCGCGAGCAGACAUUAAACCUUAUCACGAGUCCUACUUCUCGGACAAUCCCUCUCAGUCGCUCGCGUCGCCCUAUCCGGCGACACCGUCUCUGCACUCGUCUCAAAACACGUCAAACGGGGAAUUGUUACCUGUAGAGGGGCUCGCGGCGUCGUUGCACGCUCGAAUAUUGAACAAUCAUAGUAAUAGCGGUAAAGCUGAAUCAGCACUCGCCAACAACAGAAGAUUUCAGCCGUAUCCGCGAUACACGACAAACAGCAAUAGUAAUAGCAAUGCGACGAGCAACGCCGUAACGGCGAUCUGUCAGUCGCAACCUUCGGUCUCAGUAAAAACGGAAGCGGUUGUAUCGUCGGUAAGCACGAGCGGAGCACCUCUGAGUCCCCUCGUGGAACCGCAUUCCAAUACGUCGACGCCGUUGGUCGAUGAACCCCAGAUGACGACGCAAAGGCAACGAAACGCUGUUGGAGAUGACGAUGGAGAAGCUGAUUGGCAAGAUCGCAUUAAUUCGGGAUUUGAUCGCUUGGUCGCGUUUGCUUCCACAGAAUUGGAUAAACGUAGACGAUCGACAGAAGGUGUAAACACGAGUCCCGAUAGCGGAUUAGGCUCGGAUAGCGCGGUAACGGGGCCACCACCGGUAGUACCUUCACCAGAUGAAGCGCUAGGACCGCCGCGAACGCCCUCCCCGACCAGUCCCCGUCCUGCGAAUCCAUCCAACAGUAAUCCUCCGAGUAGCGCGUCCGGCGCCUCGGUACCCUUGAAAUAUCAGCGACAGCCGGACCCCGAACGGCAUCACUUCAAGAAGAAGUUUUUUCAUCGCGACUGGAAUAACUCAGCGAGCACUAGCAAGUUUCGUCCCAAGGGCAAGGACUGGGAUUGGAAUCAUUCCGGGCAGUGGCCUUCGAACGACGAGCAAUCCUAACUUUACCCGCGCUGUGAGGAAGAUCGUUUUCUACGCGAUUAACAGAGAAGUUUCUUUUGCUUUUUUCUCCCGUAAGCGUAAUAGGCGAGGCACACAAGGCGGGCGUGGUUAUCGCUCUUGGCGUUAUUGUAUUAUUAAUUGAAUUUGUUCCCGUUUUGUUAUGAAUAACGAUACUCUCUCGUAUAGCGUAAUGAUGGUACGUUCAAUCGUGGAAACACGAUAAUAUACAUUUACAGUAUAUAGGACAGAGACAGUUGCAAUGGAUUUGCUUUUCGAGGAAAAAUUUGGGGAAACGGAGGGGAGGUGUUACAUCUAUAUAAGCGCUUGAAAUCAAUACUGACGAAUGCUUGUGGUUCAUCUUGUGGUUCACGUAAAAUGUAUUUGUAUUACGAUGAGUAACAAGACUUAAUUAAUAAGAUGACUAGUAGAGUCAUGGAAUCUUGGAGUCUAUACGGUUUGAAAUCAUCAAGUUAGAAUAAUAUGCGCAUAUAUAUGUACGUGGGAAGGAGUUCGCAGGUUUUGAAACGCAGGAUUAUUCAGAUAUUACUCACCGAUGCACUUUAACUUAUUAUUAUUAUCAUUAUCUAUAUAUGCAUAUAUAUAUUAUUAUUAUUAUUAUUAUUGCUAUUAUUAUUAGUGAACAGUUCUUUUGCGGUAAAGCUUGACAAAUAAUUAUUGUCAAUUUGGUUUUUUUUUUAACACGAUUACAGGACAUAUUGCGAUUGGUACGCCAUGUCUGUACAUAAUAGGUAAAAAGAAGGUCUCGUAAUCUACGCCUGUGUGUGUAUAGUAUGUAUAAUACACACACACAGACACCCAUACACACAGGUGCAUACACACGGCACAUUCUUGCACUUUAGCCACAUUAGAGAAAAUAUGUUAUAAAAAAACGAUCGUAAUGUGCGUAUGAUGUAUGUAUGUAUGUAUGAAUGUACGUAUUGCAGGCGUGUACAGUAGACCGAUUUAGAACAAUUGGCAUUGCGAAGGAAAGAGAAAAGAACGAGCCAGAAAAACCUCUGUGUGUUCGUAGCAAGUACUUGCUGCAAAUUUUAUAUUAUGCGGCUGUAUCUUCCACCGUCUGGAGGAUGUAUACCUAAGUGUUCACUGUGGUUCAUAGAAUUGUGGCAACGGACUGCGAAAAAAAAGGAAGAACAAAAAAGGAAACAAAAAAUAGUCACUUGAAAUACAAGUUUGUAUUUUGAGGCGAGACGCUGAAGGCGCGCGCGCGCGCGCGCGAGCUUCGAUUUUUGGCGAUGUAUAACGUCGUUGUACGACCGUGCGAAAUAUCCAAAGAAUGGCACUUGCGAGUCAGUUUACAAAGUUUUCAAGUGGUGCACCCGUAUUGGGCAUCACGCUAAAUGGUUUCCGGUGCUGCGAGAUGAAUCGAGUAAACGUCAAGUAAAAACGUAAAAUAGUAAUAUUUAAAGAAAAAAAAAAUAUGACGCGACAUUGUGUGUAUAAGAAUCUUUCUUUCUUACGUUGCCGAGUUAAUUGAUCAUAUAAGAAAGAGUGUUCGCGUGAAAUUGUGAGAAAUUGCUUGUCGAAUUAUUUAAUAUAUAUUACCUAUACGUCAUUAUGUAUUUAUAGUUACAACAAGCAUUGCCAAGCAUGCUAGAUACACUGCCGAAUCUUCGAUGAAUUGAUUUUAUUAUUAAUCAUAUAACUAUUAUUUAUUGUUUUUAUUAAAAUAUUUUAAUAUUAUUACUAUUUGUAAGAAGUAAACAUUUUCUCUCAUUUUCUACCUUCCCGCAUCUAGCAGUUUUCUAGCGGUAUUUUCGAUAAGGGUCGAUAUCACGAUCAAUGGGACGAAUGCUUUGGCUGUCAACGUAAUUAUCAUUAGUUCCUUCAAAACUGGAGCCACAAAUUUGUAGGAGGCACGAUCUAUCAACGUACAAUAAAACGACAAAUUUUGAUACCGAUCUCGAUUCUAGAACCUAAGAACAAGAAAUAAAAUUGUUGUCAAUUAGAGGGACAAGUGUACGGAUGUUAUAAUCGUUAUUACACAUAUCAGUGAUAGAUCGGCUUUUACCAAGUUAUAUCGCUACCGCAAAUGGUGUAAUAAUUAUAGCUCGGACAAAAA